GACAGGAGCGCCCGGGCGAUUUGAGCUGCUGUCCGUGGUGCUGAAGGGUCCCCAGAAGGCGCCAGUGGGAAAGAGCAUUGGGCAGAAGAGGCCAAACCCCAACUCAACCCUACUUUAUUCAUUCAUUCAUUCAUUUAUUCAUUCAUUCAUUCCGUAGUGGUAUAAAUGUGCAAUACAGAAAAGGUGUCACACACACCCCUUCUGUUCCAGAGUCGAUGGCACCAACCAAGUAGCAGGGAUUCGCCUAAAUCGGAGUGAGGGGGCUGGGGGCUGAGAAAGGUUUCUAUGCCGCCUGUUUUGUUUUUCGAAACCUCCUGCUUCUGACGACUUUCUGCCCUCCACGCACCUCCUACACGUAGGAGAAAGAUCAACCCCAAACCAGGAUCCCGCUGGGCUUUCAAUCCAGGCUCUUGUGCCUUUUGUUCCAAUGACCUGGCACUUUUUGCUGGAAGACCCUGCGCCUCCGGGGAAACCUUGCAGUUGAGCGCAGGACUUCUGGUCCGUUAAGAAAGCCCUGAAGACACUCGCUCCCCGCCUCUGCUCCUGGCUGUUUUUCUCCUCCUCGGCUACAGUCAGGUCUGCACACAGACACACGUCCAGAGAGUCCCUCUCUCUCCUCCCCUGCACACUCCCCCCUCUGUAUCUCACUCACACUCACACACAUACGCACGCACGCAGGCAAACACACACACACAAACACACACACACACACCCUCCGUCUAGAUGCACACACCAACAGCCAUUUUGGGGAGAAAAGUUGGACAUGACGCCGACAUGAGCCGCCCUCGCCGUUUGUAAGGGCGCACCAGUCAACCCAGCGAAGGCCAGUCCAAAUCUCGCCAGGGAUGGAGUCCGUGAAACAAAAGGUUCUGACCCCUGGCAAGGAGGGGCUGAAAAAUUUCGCAGGGAAAUCGCUUGGGCAACUCUACAGGGUCCUGGAGAAGAAGCAGAAGAGCGGAGACAACAUCGAGCUGACGGAGGAUGGGAAGCCCUUGGAGGUCCCCGAGAAGAAGGCGCCCCUCUGCGACUGCACCUGCUUCGGCCUCCCGCGGAGGUACAUCAUCGCCAUCAUGAGCGGCCUGGGCUUCUGCAUCUCCUUCGGGAUCCGCUGCAACCUUGGCGUGGCCAUCGUGGACAUGGUCAACAACAGCACCAUCCACCGAGGAGGGAAGGUCAUCAAGGAGAAAGCGAAGUUCAACUGGGAUCCGGAGACGGUCGGCAUGAUCCAUGGCUCUUUCUUCUGGGGCUACAUCAUCACCCAGAUCCCGGGGGGCUACAUUUCCUCCCGCCUGGCGGCCAACAGGGUGUUUGGUGCAGCUAUACUGCUGACAUCCACGCUCAAUAUGCUAAUCCCAUCUGCAGCUCGAGUGCAUUAUGGAUGUGUCAUCUUUGUUAGGAUCUUGCAAGGUCUUGUUGAGGGUGUAACAUAUCCAGCUUGCCAUGGAAUAUGGAGCAAAUGGGCGCCACCUUUGGAGAGAAGUAGACUGGCAACUACAUCUUUCUGUGGUUCCUAUGCAGGUGCUGUAAUUGCCAUGCCAUUGGCUGGGAUUUUAGUGCAAUAUACUGGAUGGCCUUCUGUGUUCUAUGUGUAUGGGAGCUUUGGCAUUUUCUGGUACAUGUUUUGGCUUUUGGUUUCAUAUGAGAGCCCUGCAAAGCAUCCAACAAUUUCAGAUGAAGAACGCAGAUAUAUAGAAGAGAGUAUUGGAGAGAGUGCCAAUCUUUUAGGAGCAAUGGAAAAAUACAAGACUCCAUGGAAAAAAUUUUUUACUUCUAUGCCCGUCUAUGCAAUAAUUGUUGCAAACUUCUGUCGAAGUUGGACUUUCUACCUGCUGCUUAUUAGUCAGCCAGCUUACUUUGAAGAGGUGUUUGGAUUUGAAAUCAGCAAGGUGGGAAUGUUGUCUGCUGUGCCACAUUUAGUGAUGACUAUCAUUGUGCCCAUUGGAGGACAAAUUGCAGACUUUCUAAGAAGCAGGCAAAUUCUUUCAACCACUACUGUUCGGAAAAUAAUGAACUGUGGAGGUUUUGGAAUGGAAGCAACUCUUCUCUUGGUGGUUGGAUAUUCUCAUAGCAGAGGUGUGGCCAUUUCCUUCUUAGUGCUUGCUGUGGGUUUCAGUGGAUUUGCUAUAUCUGGAUUCAAUGUUAACCACUUAGAUAUUGCCCCAAGAUAUGCCAGUAUCUUAAUGGGGAUCUCAAAUGGAGUUGGUACAUUGUCUGGAAUGGUGUGUCCUAUAAUUGUUGGAGCAAUGACAAAGAACAAGACACGUGAAGAGUGGCAAUAUGUCUUCCUUAUUGCUGCUUUGGUUCAUUAUGGUGGAGUCAUAUUCUAUGGCAUAUUUGCUUCAGGAGAGAAACAGCCCUGGGCGGACCCAGAACAGACAAGUGAAGAGAAAUGUGGCUUCAUUCAUGAAGAUGAACUUGAUGAAGAAACAGGGGACAUUACUCAGAAUUAUGUAAAUUAUGGUACCACUAAAUCUUACGGUGCUAUGACCCAGGUCAAUGGUGGUUGGCCGAACGGCUGGGAAAAGAAAGAAGAAUUUGUACAAGAAGAAGCACAAGACUCAUAUAGCUAUAAGGAAGGAGAAGAUUAUUCAUAACAGCCUAUAUUGGAUAUAUUUUGUAGUGUUUGUGAUUUAUUCAUUGUGAUUGUUUGCACCCCCAACACACACACAAAAGUGGUAUAAACAUGUAAACGCAUAUCAGACAAGACAGUCUUACUGUAAAAAAAAUUAAAAAGCAUUCAAGUGCAAUCUGUAUGAGUUUGUGACAUCUCAUCACCUCCAUUUGGGUGUCUCCAUUCUAUAGAGUUUUAAGGGUUAUCUGGUCAAAAUUGCAAACAAAACAAGGUACUUGCAGUAUAAAUGAGUUGAAAGCUCAUAACUAAGGUUUAAAGCACAACUACCAAUGAAGUUGGAACAUCAGCUAUUCCGUUUAGAAAGCCAAAUCUACUUGAUUGUUUAAAAAUGCACUUACAUAUUUGUUACACUGUAUUGAAUGAGGUCAUAAAAUUGAUUGUGUGAAGUUAUCCAUGUUUACUUGGUACAAUGUAAGCCAAUGGUACGGUUGGUUGGUCAAUGACCAGGAUUUCUUAGAGAAUAAGGCUUCUGUUUUACACUCCCAAUCCAAUUCCCUUUUGAGAGAGUUGAACUGGGACUUCCUAGAACAAUUUAAGAUAUAAUGUAUAGUUAUUGUGAUUAUAUGCUGCAGGCUACUCUGUGAUAGAUGAAUUAACUGGUUUUUACUGAAUGUUUUAAGGCACAAAUACUUUAUUUCUAUUAUUUGCAGACUCAUACUGUUACUGUAUGUGUCAUGUCCUUCCCUACAUAUACCAGCCAGUAUAAAAUCACAUUUAGUCUGACCUACUGUACAAAAUGUUAAAUAACUUACCCCAAAAGGAAAAAAAAUAUCGGUGUACUCAUACCCUGAAGAAAAUUACUGGCCAUUAGUCUCAUUAUAAAGAAAGCAUCACUCAAACAGAUCCAAAGAAAAAUAUCCCAAAAAAAUUAGUAGCCCUUGAACAGACUGGAUGUAUUUCUUUUGAAGCCUGUUAUGAAGUAAAUGCAGGAAAGGGAAAAGAAAUGAGCUAUUUGUUUAAUUUUGAAUAGUUUUUUUGUUAAAUAUUUUCUGAUGCUGUGCCACAAUUCUAUAAAUAAAGUAAUAGUUUAUUGAAGAUACUGUAUAAUUAUAGAAAAUAGUACUAUUUUAAAGAUUUCUGAAUUUUAAAAAGUGUAUUUGUCUUUCAAAUAAAUAGAAAUUAUAAUGGACACUGAAUAUGAGCAACAAUCUUCAUGGUGAGCCAAAAGUGGCAUAUAACCAGGGCUAGGUGUAGGAAGAGGAUAAAUUCUAAAUGCUCAAGUGCAAUUUGGAUCCAUCCAGAUCAGUGAAAGCCACUGGUACCAGGGGUCAGUGGACUGCAUUUUUUGCUUUGAUAAAUAAUUCCCCACACUGAGCAUAUAAGGCCUCUAUUUGCUGCAAUGAAAGGGCAGCUUGGAGCAUGGUCAUCCUACUAUGUGGGUGGCAUAGAAGUGACUCUGGAAGCCUGAAAAAAUAGGAACUCUGUGUUUUUUAAGCAUAAUUGAAGAAGAAUUGUAAUGUUAGUGUACCAAGCAAUAAGUGCCAUGCACUCCUAAGUGUAUGCUCUUUUAAUCUCUUUGUUACUGUUACUACUGAGCUUGUUGUAGAUCCAUGGGACAGUUGGGAUAAUAAAUAUUUCAAAAUGCAAAACACACCAGACCAGUUAACAGUGAACUUCUUUAUGAUAUCAGACCAUUUAAUGCUCUAACAAGUAUCCAUUUCCCAACUCUAAUGAAACAACUAUCAUUGUAUGUUAAAGAGCCAUUCUGGGUUUUUUGAUCUGCUCCUUGUAUUGUGCUAGUAUUUUAAGGCCCUGCUACUGCAAUAAACAACUCGCCAUGGGUUGUUGUUAUUUUUCUUUUCUUUUUCUUUCUCUUCUUCUUCAUUUAUUAAACAAUAAUGAACUUACUUAAGUGAACCAUACUUUGACCUGGAGAAACAAAUCAAUUAUAUAUUUUGCUUUGUGCCUCAAAGUGAUGUAAAAUGUGGCCAUAGCUUUUGCUGUGAAAAGAUGUGGACUGUGUCACUUUUGUUGCUGCAAAAAAAGAAGUGUUAAUAAAUGCUCUAUUUAUCCUUUUA